GUUUCGGAAGUUUUGGCGGCGAACGUGCUCAAAACGUGCUCAAGGUUAUGGAAUAUUGAUUUAUGCGCUUGCGUAGCUUCAAUGAAUCCAAAAUUAAUCCAAUUCAAUAUUCAGUGAGCACUGCCUCUGUACUUGUAUUGUAAAAUUGAAGUUCGCUUCAGUUUUGAGGUCGUUUCUUUAUCAAAAAGCGACCAAAGUUGAAGUCUUUUCACUUCAACUUGGUUUUCACAUUGAACAUUCUAAUUCAGCAUUUGCUCCUGUAAAACUGCCUACCUUCUCACCUAUCUAACCAGUUUUCAGCAUAUGAAGGCCGGCGCCGCACCAUGAUUGAGACGAUGGACCGGUACGUGACGCUCAGUCAGCUGGGGGACGGCACCUACGGCUCCGUGGUGCUCGGACAGAGACUCGACACAGGCGAAAAAGUCGCCAUCAAACGGCGCACCUGCACUCCCGACGGCACACUGCACCACUGCACCAGUGAUGGCACCAGUCAGUGCCCCGCAGCAGCAGCACGCCAGUGGAGAUGCUCUAUCCCCUGUCUGCACCACUGGCCCUCACUGGACCGCUGUUGUGUCUGUCACGCACCCACCCUUGCACCUGCACCUUGCACCCUGCACCCUGCACCUUUUACUUGACUUGGGUUGUUCUGACUGCGUGUAAUCGAUGUCUGGAAUAAAGUUCACUUCGACCUCAUGCACCUCAAGCUGGCCCCACCUCUAUCCUAUGGUGACCUACCCUGACCUCAACCUGACAUAUCUUGACCCUCCCUGAGCCUAUCCUGACCCCAUCCGUGCCUCCUGACCUGCCGGCAGCGUCCAGUGAAAACCAGUCCCUCUCCUCCCCUCCUCUCCCCUCCCCCACCACUCUCUCCCCUCCUCCCUCCCCCUCUCCCCGUCCCCCACCGUCCAAUGAGCACAUCGCUGCCGCCGGUGGGGGAGAAACGUCAACGACAGCGUCAGCAACAGCAGCAGCAGGAGCGGGACCCGGGCGGUAUGCACCGCUACUCGAUCCUCAAGGUGCUCGGGGACGGCACCUAUGGCGAUGUCAGUCUCGGUCUCAACAAGGAGACGGGCGAAAAGGUCGCCAUCAAAAGGAUGAAGCGCAAGUACACCUCCUGGGAGGAGGCUAUGAACCUGCGGGAAGUGAAGUCACUGAAGAAACUGAGCCAUGCCAACGUCGUGAAACUGAAGGAGGUGAUACGGGAGAACGACACCCUCUACUUUGUGUUCGAGUACAUGAAGGAGAACCUCUACCAGCUCAUGAAGGAAAGGGACAAGGUGCUGUCGGAGCCGGUGAUCCGUAACAUCAUGUACCAGGUGCUGCAGGGACUGGCGUUCAUGCACAAACACGGCUUCUUCCACCGAGACAUGAAGCCGGAGAACCUGCUCUGUAUGGGUCCGGACCUGAUCAAAAUCGCCGACUUCGGCCUGGCGCGGGAGAUCCGCUCCCGUCCGCCCUACACCGACUACGUGUCCACGCGCUGGUACCGCGCGCCGGAGGUGCUGCUCCGUUCGACCAGCUACAGCAGCCCCAUCGACAUCUGGGCGGUCGGCUGCAUCAUGGCCGAGCUCUACACCUACCGGCCGCUGUUCCCCGGCAGCUCGGAGAUCGACGAAAUCUUCAAAAUCUGCUCCGUCCUGGGCACACCAGACAAGCGCGACUGGCCGGAGGGGUACCAGCUGGCGUCCACCAUGAACUUCACGUUCCCACCGUUCAGCCCGGCCUCGCUGGAGAAGCUGAUCCCGACCGCCAGUGCUGAGGCCAUCACCCUCAUCGUCGACAUGCUGCGGUGGAACCCGGGCAAACGGCCCACCGCCCAGCAGGCGCUCAGGUACCCGUAUUUCCAGGUGGGCCAGAAGCUGGGCGGCGGCAGCGGCGCCACCCUGCCCGCCGUCUCCUCCAAGGUCAGCCGCGGUUCGUUCGCCGUCACAGACGCCGUCUCUGCGCGGCGCUUUUCCAAGAUGGACGACGAGCCGAAGGAAGAGCUGAGCGCGGUGCGUAUGAACCCGGCUCUGAGCCGGACGGUGGCGGCGGCGCCGUCAGCUGUGGGCGGCGGCGAGAUGGCUGCCCGCUCCAGCUCCCGCACCGUUACCGCCAAACAGGUCUACCUCAACAAGUCGCGCUACGUGGCCGGACAGAACACACGAAACGCGCAGUACGGCAGUGUGGCCGGUACGGAGUCGGGUAUCGCUCUCACCGGCCGCGGCUCCUACUACAACAGUCAGGUGUCGAUGAGGGCGUCGGGAACUCGGGCCAGCGUGGCCGCCGGAUCGACGGGCAGCCUGCACGGGAGGACCGACUGGGCGGCCAAGUAUAACAUGUACAGGUCCCAGGUUGGCCAGGGCGGCUCCAACUCCAAGGCGGCUCUGCACGGCCGAACCAACUGGGCCGCAAAGUACCUGAAGUAGCGUCGAGCGUCAGGUCUUCGGCUCUUCAAUGUCCGGCCUCCUGACGGCACACCGAGCUCCUCGGCGCAGAGACGUGGCGUUACGUCACACCGUGACGCUGCAACGUCACGUCAGAUCACGGACGUCCAACACCUCCGUCCGGUCAGUCAGAGGACCGUGAGCAGAGUGGUGAGCGACGUGGAGCGAUUACUAGCGGCCCCCAGCGGCCAAAAAGACAAAGAGACAGAGGCAGAGACUGAGAGACACAUAGUUGGCACGUCAGGCGUGAAGUGGUUGGUUUGUUGCGCCGGUGUCUGUAUUAUGUAAGGAUGAUAGUACGUGUGAUUCAAAUUCCGUCCAACGCCAGACGUAUGGUCUUAGUUAUGAGGCGGGGUUGAUAUGUAAGGGUGAGAUGUGUGUGAUUCAAAUUCCGUCCAGCGCCUGAUUUGCCGUCUCAGUUUUGAGGCGGGGUGUAGAAGACAGCUGCCAGUGCUGUGUGGAGGCGCCACGGGGGUUGCAAUUGGACAGGGAGGGUCUCGCCGGUUCUGAGUUUUGAGGGGAGGAGCGAGGACAAAAGUAUGGAGCCACGGAGCGCAGAGGAUUUGACGAUGAGCUUGUUUUUGUUCGUACCGAGCUUAACAACAGACAACGGUUGGUUUCUAGUCAUUGACAAGCGGUGACCACCCUCACGGGGAUAUUCUCAUUGUAAAUCCUGUCGUCUGGGGCAAUGCGUUUGCAUGAAAAUUGUAAUACAAUUGUACUCAGUUGUU